CGAUGCGUAGACAAAAAGUCCAGAAAGAAUGUCGCAACUGUACUUCGUGCCGGUUUUAACAGCAGUCCAGAGGGCGAUUCCCCGAUUUCGUAUCUCGUAUACUACGAGCCGCCAUCAAGUGUUGUCUAUACGCCGUACAGUACGCCGCCGUAUAUAAUACAGCCGGUGGCCGGGAGUUGGCUAAGCGAGCAGCAAUUGCCGCAAAUGCAAUAUAUCAGAUUUCCAACUCCGCCGAUCACACCGCCGAGAGUUGCAGCCACCGCUGACGCCGCUUCCGUUUCACGCACACAGUCCGUCAUCAUGAAGUGCCCCACGUCUGGCUCCGGUUCCGGUUCCGGUUCACCCACACACACAUCCUGCAGCGAUCAAAGCGGCAGCAGCAGCUGCAGCGAUUGCGAUUUCAUAUGCAAUUGGCACGAGUGUUCGAGAGUCUUCGAAUCUUUGGAGGCGCUCGCACAACACGUCACAUUACGUCAUGCCAUCGCCUCGCUGCACGAUGGUCUCUACUAUUGCCGCUGGAGCGGCUGUCAGCGCAGCGAUCGGGGCUUUAAUGCGCGCUACAAGAUGCUGGUCCAUGUGCGCACCCACACCAAGGAGAAGCCGCAUCGCUGCCAUCUGUGCGAGAAGUCCUUUUCGCGUGCUGAAAAUCUGAAGAUACACAUACGCUCGCAUUCGGGCGAGAAGCCCUACAAGUGCCACUUUGAGGGCUGUCUGAAGGCCUAUUCGAAUUCGUCGGAUCGGUUCAAGCACACGCGCACGCACUCCAUGGAAAAGCCGUAUAUGUGCAAGGUGCAGGGAUGCCAGAAACGCUACACGGAUCCCUCCUCGUUGCGCAAGCAUGUGAAGACGUUCAAGCACAGCAUUCAGCUGAUUGCCAGUCAGACAGCCACUUGUAUGCUGGAUGCCAGCGAGUCAGCCUACACCACCUGCCUGCCAGCACCUGUUGCACCUGCAGCUGAAACCGCCUCCAGCUACUAUCUAGAUUUGGCCGAGCGUGACAACGUGGCAAGCGAUUAUUCACUGCCAGCCAAGCACAAUAGCGAAUAUACCAACUCCUCCUCCUCCUCCUCCUCCUACUGGCAGCACAAUUACCGCUAUCUGCACAGCGAGGACCUGUCCAUGGACAUGGAUAUGGACACGCCAGCGCCGCUUGAUUUGCGUGUGCACAGAAGUUGAAGGAGUUAAUAUCCUGCCGCUUAUCUCUAGUCAUCAGGCUACUGUAGAACUAGCCCUUGUCAUUAAAAUAAGAAUUAUUAUUUAGUUUACAAUAAAGACUGU